GUCCCCGCGUGGCGGCGGCCGCGGGAGCCACGUGUGGCGGCGGCGCGGGGAAGCGCGGCCACGCCUGGCCCGGCCAUCGUUCCCGACGCGGCGGCGGUGCGCACCGGGCAGCGGCCCCUCGGCGCGCCCGGCCCGGUCCCCGAGCGCGGCGCCGGGACCAUGAGCGCGGGCUCGGAGCGCAGGGCGGCGGCGCCCCGCGGAGUGCUGCCCGCGCCCCGCGCCGCCAAGGUGGAGCUGCGGCUCAGCUGCCGGCACCUGCUGGACCGCGACCCGCUCACCAAGUCCGACCCCAGCGUGGUGCUGCUGCUGCAGUCCCAGAGCCAGUGGGUGCAGGUGGACAGAACGGAGGUGGUCAGAAGCAGCCUGCACCCCGUGUUCUCCAAGGUCUUCACGCUCGACUACUACUUCGAGGAGGUCCAGAAGCUACGCUUCGAGGUCUAUGACACCCACGGACCCUGCAGCCUUGGCUGUCAGGAUGAUGACUUCCUGGGGGGCAUGGAGUGCACCUUGGGGCAGAUUGUGGCCCAGAAAAAGAUGACCCGUGCACUGCUGCUCAAGUUUGGCCGGAACGCUGGCAAGUCCACCAUCACGGUGAUCGCUGAGGAUAUCUCCGGGAACAACGGCUACGUGGAGCUCUCCUUCAGGGCCCGGAAGCUGGACGACAAGGACCUCUUCAGCAAGUCAGACCCCUUCCUGGAGCUUUAUCGGGUCAAUGACGAUCGGAGUGAGCAGCUGGUGUACAGGACGGAGGUGGUGAAGAACAACCUCAGUCCCGUGUGGGAGCCCUUCAAGGUGUCCCUGUGCAACCUCUGCAGCUGCGAGGAGACGCGGCCUCUGAAGUGCCUCGUCUGGGAUCAUGACUCCCGAGGAAAGCACGAUUUCAUUGGGGAAUUCUCCACCACCUUUGAGGAGAUGCAGAAAGCUUUCCAGGAGGACCAGGCCCAGUGGGACUGUGUGAACGCCAAGUACAAGCAGAAGAAGCGUCAUUACAAGAACUCUGGGGUGGUGAUCUUGGCAGACCUGAAGUUCUACAGGGUUCACUCGUUCCUGGACUACAUCAUGGGCGGCUGUCAGAUCCACUUCACGGUGGCCAUCGACUUCACGGCCUCCAACGGGGACCCCCGCAACAGCUGCUCUCUGCACUACCUCAGCCCCUUCCAGCCGAAUGAGUACCUGCAGGCUCUGGCGGCCGUGGGGGAGGUCUGCCAGGACUACGACAGCGACAAGAGGUUUUCUGCUUUGGGCUUUGGAGCCCGAAUUCCUCCCAAGUAUGAGGUGUCCCACGACUUCGCCAUCAACUUCAACCCUGAGGACGAUGAGUGUGAAGGAAUCCAGGGUGUGGUGGAGGCCUACCAGAACUGCCUGCCCAGGGUCCAGCUCUACGGCCCCACCAACGUGGCCCCCAUCAUCUCCAAGGUGGCCCGCAUGGCCGCGGCAGAGGAGCACAGCGGGGAGGCCUCUCAAUACUACAUCCUGCUGGUCCUGACCGACGGCGUGGUGACCGACAUGGCCGACACGCGGGAAGCCAUCGUGCGCGCCUCCCAUCUGCCCAUGUCCAUCAUCAUCGUGGGGGUGGGCAACGCCGACUUCACAGACAUGCAGACCCUGGACGGGGAUGACGGCGUCCUGCGCUCCCCGCGGGGCGAGCCGGCUCUCCGCGACAUCGUGCAGUUUGUGCCCUUCCGGGAGCUCAAGAGCGCGUCCCCGGCGGCGCUGGCCAAGUGCGUGCUAGCCGAGGUGCCCCAGCAGCUGGUGGAGUACUACAGCUACAGGGAGCUGCCUCCCAGAGGCGGCGUCGCCCAUGACCGGGAGGCCGGCCCCCCGGAGACCGCCGGGCCGCCGGGAGUGCAGCCAGGCUCUGUCCCCAGCACCCUCAAGGUCCCUUAGCUCCCCGCUAC